AUGGCUACUAUUGAGAAGCUUCGGCCGGAGCAGCUUGAGAUGGCCACACACGAUGCUGGAGAAAGUAGCAACACGAUUCACGGUCGCGCCACGGCAGGUCGAGAGCACUCGCGCUCUUUCACGCAAGCACUUCGGAAAGACCCCAAGCUACUCUUCUGGAUCUUCGUCAUGAUCUGGACCUUGAUCACCCGAGGCUUCGAGAAUCAAUCUUCUGGGUCGGUCAUCAGCAUCGCGGCGUUCAAGCAAGAAUUCGGUCAAUCGGCAUUGAACGGCGGUGCCAACGGUGCCGCCAUCAUUGGCGCGUUCGCCGCCUCCUAUUUUGCCGAUAAGUUUGGCGUGAAGCCUGUCAUCCUCGCCUUCGCAGCGCUAAACAUGGUCUCGGUUGGCAUUGAAUUUGCAUCGAUCAGCAUCGGGAUGUACCUGGCUGGCAAGCUCUUGAACUUCAUUGCCAUCGGAGCGUUCCUAAACUUGUGCACUGCCUAUGUCGCAGACAUCGCUCCUCUUGCUAUCCGCUCAUCAUGCAUCGGCUUCUGCAACCUGGCACAGUGUAUUGGUCCCUUCAUCUCCGCCAUCAUGUCCAACUUUACAUCCACUUGGGCUUCUUCCUGGUCCUGGAAGGCUCUCAUCUGCGCACAAUGGGGUUUCUGCACCAUCGCCUUCAUUGCACUUUGGUUCCUACCAGAAUCGCCUGUUUACCUGAUCCGAGCCAACAAGGUCGAUUCUGCUAGGAAGUCAUUGCAGCGCCUGUACUCCGACUCUUCCGAUGCCGAAGGCCAUUUCGAGCUCAUCCAAGCCACUAUCGAAGAGGCUGAAGCUCAGAAGAAGGCGUCGUACGUUGAGUGCUUCCGUGGCACGAACCUCCGCCGCACGCUGAUCGCAAUCCUUGUCUUCCAAUCCGAAGCCUAUUCCGGGCUUGGGUUUAUUGGAAACUAUGGCGCUCUCAUGUAUCAGUAUCUUGGCAUCUCCGACUCGGAAUCCUUCAAGAUACAAAUCGGCGCGCAGAUCCUGUCGAUCUCUGGUGCGCUGACCGCCAUGAUCAUCGGCGACUUCUUUGGCCGUCGACCAAUGUACAUUACCGGCUGUGCUGCACUUGUCGUAUUGCUGAUCUGUAUGGGGAUCUCGGGCUCGAUCAACAACGUGGCGGCCGCAACAGCUUCUGUUGGCUUCUUGACUAUGUUCAACUUCGUCUAUAACGCGGGUGUCGGAUCGAUAGUCUACACGCUUGCUGGCGAAAUUCCGACUUCAGUCCUCCGACAAAAGACACUGGCCAUCGCUAUCUCCGCGUCAGCAGUAUCCAACACCUUCUGGUCGUUCGUCUCACCUUACAUCUACAACCCUGGUUACGGCGACCUCAAGGCCAAGAUCGGCUUCAUAUUCGGUGCUUGCAUGGUCUUCUUCCUCAUCACCGCCUACUUUUAUGUCCCGGAGACUCGCCGACGUACCUACGAAGAGCUGGAUGAGCUGUUCAUGAGCCAUGUAUCAGCACGCAAGUUCAAGAAGCACGUCACGGUUGCAGAGCAGCGUGCGUAUGAAGCAUACGACAUCGUCGAGGCGAAGGAGGGCAGAGGUGCGAGCAUUUGA